UACAAAAACAACAUCGACACCUAGUGUUAGAAGACAAACUUUACGAUAGAAAAUUUGGACAAAAUUUUAGCCGGGUCUUUUUUAAAAUUAUGGGGAUUGAUUCUACAUUUAAAGACGCCAUUGAACGUGCCACAAGUCCUACCCUAGUAGAACCGGACUGGGCUGCCAUUCUGCAAGCAUGUGACAGUAUACGACAAAAAGAUGUCACGGGUAAAGUUGCUGUCAGUGAAAUUCGAAAAAGAAUAUUUGACUCCAAUCCACAUGUGGCAAAGAAUGCACUUAUUACUUUAGAAGCAUGUGUGAAAAAUUGUGGAUCUGUAAUUCAUGAUGAGGUUGCCACCAAAGCAAUGAUGGAUGAUUUUCGUCAGCUUGUUAAUGUAUGUCCAGAAACUGUUAAGACUGAAGUGUUGAGAAUCAUCAAUGCCUGGGCAUAUGGUUUUCGUAAUGAGCCUAAAUACAGGAUAGUUGAAGAUACUAGAAACUUGAUGAAAAUGGAAGGUUUUGAAUUCCCUGAAAGAAAUGAGAGUGAUGCAAUGUUCAGUGCUCUAAAGGCUCCAGAUUGGGCUGAUGGAGAUGUGUGUCACAGAUGCCGUGUGAAAUUUGGAACAUUUACCCGACAACACCACUGUCGUUGCUGUGGUCAAGUAUUUUGUGCAAAGUGUUCAUCAAAAAACUCAGUUAUUGCAAAAUUUGGUAUUGAACGUGAAGUCAGAGUCUGUGAUCCAUGCUAUGAUCAGCUUAACCCCAGUGAAGCAAAAGCCUCCUCUGCAACAAGUCAACCACCAGCAAAAGGGAAAGGCAAUGGUGAUUUACCUCCAGAGUACUUGAACAGUUCCCUUGCUAAAGAGUCUCAGGUCCCAGAAAAGAAAUCAGAUGAGGAAAUAAAACGUCAAGAACAGGAAGAUCUUCAAUUAGCAAUGGCUUUGUCUGUAUCUGAACAAGAAACAAAACAGAAGUCAUCAUCGCAAUCAUCAAGAAUUUAUGAUGUUGUGGAAACAAGGCCAUCAGCACCAGCCAAACCAUCAAGUUAUAGCUAUACAUCUUCUCCAAUGGAAGAAGUGGGCCCCAGUGAUUCUGAGUUGGAUCGCUACCUGAACAGGUCUUAUUGGGAAAAAAGAAAAAAAGAAGCUUCACCACCAGCUUACACAUCUCCAACACAUGAAGAAGAGUCUCCUGUACCCACUUCAACUUAUAAUGGAGAAACCAUUGGGAAAACAAAACAGGAUUCAGAAUGCGAAGCUUUUAUGGCCACAUUCCGCAGCAAUGUUGAGAAAUUAAUGGAAAGAAUGAAAUAUGUGGCAGGAAAAGGCAGGCAUAUAUCCUCCGACUCUAUUAUACAGUCAUUGUACCAAACGGUCAGUGCGAUGCAGCCACAACUAAUGAAUUACAUCGAGCAACAAGAACGGCAAAAAGAUACGUACGAGAUGAUGGAGGAAAAACUAGGAGUUUUACAGGAAACAAGACGUUCACUUGAUGAAAUGCGAGUUCAACGACGCGAGAAAUUACGACAACAGGAGCUGGAACAAGACAUGUUACGUCGCAUGCAAAUGGAACAAAAGAUGGAAUUGUUAAGACAACAGAAACAAGAGUAUUUGCUUUAUCAGCAGCAGCUGCAAACACAAAGGCAACAAGCAUUGGAACAGAUGGCUAAAGAGCAAGCAAUGGGGGGUCAAGUGUCAUCUUAUGGCGCAUAUCAACCUUCUCGCCAAGUAGCUGGGGAUCAACCAGCGCCACCUAACUAUCAAUCACUAACCCCCAAUGUCCAACCACACCCCGGCCAAAGACAAGGUCAACCACCUUACCAACCAGGAAAUCAAUACGAAGCUCCAAACUCACAAUUUCAGAAUUUGUCAUUGCAAAAUAUACCCCCUGUCCCUAAUCCAGCACAACCUGCAGGAAACCCACCUCAAACACAGAGUAUUAUAAGUCAAGGGCAGACAACACAUUACCUUCAACCCUCGACACAAGUACAACAAGACCUGCAGUUAAGACAACCAACUCCAGGAAGCCAACCUAAUCAGUACCAAGUCGUGAAUGAAGGGCCAAGACAAGGACAGAGCUACGCUAUGGGACCAGAUUACCCUUCAAGUGGACCAAUGUCAUAUCAAAAUCAACCCCAACAAAACAUGUAUACCCACACACCUCCUUCAUCUGGACCACCCUCAAUGGAGUCUUAUUCAUCUGGACCAAACUCAUUACAAGAUAACAUGACUGGAGGGGUCACUCACGGACAACCUCAAUCAUUCACAGGGCCACCACCAACGCAAACUCAACCCCCACAGCCAUUCCCCCCAGGUCAAGGCACAACACCAACGCAGCAGUUUCAGUCACAACAAGUUCCACCACCUCAGCUAAAUCAACCACAAUUCCAGUUGCAACAGCACCCUUAUUCUCAACAUGCAGCCCAAUCACAAGGUCCACCUCCUCAACAAAACAUACAAUCCCAAGGACCUCCUACACAGAAUUCCCAAAUAACACAAUACCAAGGAGGUCAACCCUCCCAAUCAGCCCCUCAAGGCUCAGGAGCAUCAUCUUUACAGUACCAAAACCAACCAGUGGACCCCACCUAUCAACAAACUGCUGGGCAACAGCCAUGGGUGCAGGGCCCAAAUGGUAACUACCAACAACAGCCACCACCACCACCACCACCACCCUCGUACGGAGAUUACGAACCAGUUCAACAACCGUAUAACCAACAACAAUACGGCCAACAACAGUUUUAUGAGCAGAAUGUUGCUGAAACCCCGCUUAUUUCCUUCGAUUAAAUUAAACUAUAGCUAUAACCAGAGGCUAUUAUAUCCCAUAAACCCCAUAUAUAUAUAUACAAUAAAUUGUAGCAUUAUAUAUUUAAAUUUAAAAUGAACGAUUCUCAGUUGAUUAUUGAAGAGUAUUGUGAUAAACAUGGAUGUAACAGGAAU